CAUGGCAGCUCGCAUGUGAAUGUCAUGCCACCUUAAUCUAUUCCAUUUACUGGGUUAUAUUUGGGUCUUACUAGUGAUACAAAGAAACUGACAUGUUAAUGACAUUUUGUUGAAUAGUAGUAUCAUUCACCUCAGUCAGCUGAGGAUCCGGGAUCCUAUAAAUUACUCGCUUCAUGAACAGCUCUUGAAGUUAGCAUUUUAGCUUAUCAAUAGGCACUUCAGACGAAAUUACGAUGGAUCCGGACCAACAACUGAGAAAUCUGCGGGAUUUCCUGAUGGUUUACAACCGCAUGACUGAGAUCUGCUUCCAGCGAUGCACCAGCAACUUCAACUACAGAAACCUCACCAUGGACGAGGAGCACUGUGUGGACAGCUGUGCAGGGAAGCUGAUUCGCACCAACCACCGCCUGAUGGGCACCUACGUGCAGCUGAUGCCUCGCAUGAUGCAGCGUCGGAUGGAGGAGAUGGAAAGCAAGGCUGCAGAAAAUGCCAAGGCAGCAGAGGCAGCUGCGGCUGCAUCUGUGGCGCCUCCUGCCGCAGAGGCCUCACCAGAAUCUCAAACCCUCAUCACCUCAUCUCCACCCCCACAAACACCUCCACUGUUGGAUCAGCCUUUUACCUCAAUGAUUGAUGUCGGACCAGAAGCCCAUAGCUCAGUCCUAAAGCCAGCAGAAUUAAAUAUUCCAGCCGAGCUCAACGCUGCUGUGUCCAAACCCACAACAGAAGUCAAAUUAUCAGCAGCCACACCGCUCACACCUGCGACUGAAACGGUGAAUCUCUCCCAGCUUAAUGAAGCUGGAAAUGGACCAUCUUAUUCAGGGAGCUUUUCUCUGCCACCGAUAUCUGGUGCCAAAAUUGAGUCUGAGAUCUCAGCGCCUGUGUUUAUGCCAUCUAAACCAAUGUCCUUAUCAGGAGACACGCCUGUGUCAACAGUCGCUGCACCUAAACCCACAGAGAGCCUGUCAGGCCAAGAGAUAGCCCCGGGGGUUCCCCCGCCGUCUGGUCAGUGAUGAUGCCCAGUCUGGGUCUGUCUCAGGUGGUCAAACUGUUAGCGCUACAGCCCUGACUGCCACCACAAACAACCGACGUCUGAUGGCUCAUCAGUGGCAGUCCCAAAUGUGAUAUUUUCCACGUUGCUGAAAAAAGAAUAGAUGAUUAAAAGAUUAAAUUAUGAAAUAUAUCAUUUUACCGACUAUUAUACAUGGUAUUAUCAUGCCAUGUAACCUUCCAUUUCUCCAAUGUGAUGCAAUGCUUUUUUGUUUUCAUAUUGUGAAAACAGGUUUUUCACUAUUUGUUUUACAAUAUUUGAAACUUGAAGGCCUCACUUUGGACUCUAUUAACUUGUGCAGGCAUUGUCGGUUUUAAUGACCAUUAUUAUUAUUGAUUAUUUUUUGACUGUUUUUUUGUUUUUGACUGAACAGUGAAUGAAUAAAAAAACAUUCAUUAUUAAUUCAUUAUGAAAGUAAAAUUAACCUUAUGGUGAAAAAACGGUCAAGGUAAGUUAAGAAUAUAUAUAAUAAUUUCAGUAUCUCAAAUGUUAAGAAAAACGAAUAUGCAGACAUUAAAAGCCUAGAUGAAUGCUUUGUGAUAAGAGGUAAAAACAAGAGGGAAGCUGUUGUUACGGUUUAUAUGGGUGUACCUGUGUGCAAUGUUUUUAGUGAUGAUGUUACCAGUCAAGGCUCCACGAGGAUCAGUCUCCAGCCCACAGCGUGGUUGUAGAGGUCAGCUCAUAUUUGGACUUGAGUCUGAUGAUACCCUGAAGACACUCAGACCUGACCGGAUGGUUCUGAAUGGUAAAAAAGUAAAUGCAGAAAUUAGAUAAUUGUCAGUAAUAAAAAAAUAAGAAUAUUCAUCA